GGCGCCAGUCGCGCUUUGGCUCUGAGCGAGAGCGGACGCUCUGGUGAAUGCGCCCCUCCUCUCUUUGCGGCUUCCUCUGAGGGAGCGAGGAAAGGGGCGCGGCCUCUUGGAGCGAAGGGAGAGUUGUGUAAGGCGUCUAUUGCAUAAAGGUUGAAUGCAGUGGAACUGAGGUGUUGUGUAAGCGGGAGAGAAGGCGAAGGGAAAACAUUUGAUUAACAUUCACGCCCUCCUGACAAGAAGUCGUACCCCAUUUGAAGAUGAAGAAGUCUACGUGGCUGUUGCAUUUUCCAGAUGGGACAGAGCAGUGUGUCCAGCUAUUAACAUGGGACAGAAUUGACCAAGAAGAAUUCUCUUUGUAUUUCCUCGACUGGCUGCUAGGUGUGACUGUGGAUGCACCAGUACCAAAGAAGUUGAGUCAGCUAGAGCAGCAAUCAGGAUUGGAUGCCAUACUGCAGGUUCAGGAUGUUCCAGGCAGCUGUAAAUUCUCAGAGGAACUGAAAACAUCAAGAGUGUGCAGGAGAACUUUUAUGUCUCGGCCUGGGGAGGCUACCAACAGAUAAACUGGAAAGUUGUUUUCACCUGUUAAUAUUACAAGAUCUAUGAUGUUUGGGACAGUGGUGAUUGGAAUUGGAAUUGCAGGAUCUGUUCGUAUCAGAGACUUGCUGAAUCCUUUGCCUUCCAGUCCUACAGAACACCUGAAACUGCUGGGCUUUGUAUCUAGGCGAUCUCUUGUCAACGUUCAUGAAGUGAAACAAAUAAGUCUACAAGAAGCUCUGAACAGUAAAGAGGUCCAUGCUGCCGUCAUCAGUACAGAUAACCGAAAUCACAAUGAAAGUGUCAGGAUGUUUCUAGAGGCUGGGAAACAUGUCCUUGUUGAAUACCCUAUGUCAUUGUCUGCAAAGGCAGCACAUGAGCUCUGGGAGUUAGCUGAGCAAAAAGGUAAAAUCCUCCACGUGGAGCAUAUUGAAUUACUGACAGAGGAAUUCAAGCAGUUAAAGAAAGAGGUGGCAGGGAAGGAGCUUGUGAAGGGAACAUUACAUUUCACAGGUGGCCCACUGGAUGAAGAACGUUCAGGAUUUCCAGCUUUUAGUGGGAUUGCCCGUCUCAGUUGGCUGGUUGACCUUUUUGGAGACCUCACAGUCACUUCUGCCACAAGAGAAGAGCAGAAAGAAAAGAAUUACUCCAGAAUGACAGCACAUUUUCUGACUGCAGACAAGAGGCCUCUGACUUGGAUUGAAGAAAGAGCACCAGGGAUGAAACGAGAUAAGAUCAUAAACUUCUGCUUCAAAAGUGGGUGCUUGGAGAGUCUCCCUGAUGCUCCUCGUUCAGGAGUUGGCCUCUUCAUGCAAGAUCUGAUUCUCUUUGCCAAAAAACUGUUGGGCCAGGUUUCCAAAGAGGAACUGGCAGCUGAGAAGAGACGAAUUCUCCUGUGUCUUGACCUUGCUGAAGAGAUUCAAAUGCACUGUGAGCGGCCAACAAAUAUCUACUCUUGAACCUGUUUUAGAGUAUAGGGUUGGUCAAGUAGAACUGCUGCUACUUAUUCUGGGGUUUUUUUCCUACCAUUUUCUUCUCAUUUGCCAGGCUCCUCACUAUAACUAUUAGCUUUUUCUAACAAAUAUGAGCCACUCCAAGUGUUUUAUGUUGCUUAUAGGUUUAUUUUAACCUGGCAAGACAAGAUAUUUUACAGAUAUUGCCCUGCUUCCAUGCAAAACAUCUUUCUCAUCAAAAGCUAUUGAACAAACAUGUGGAUAUAGUACUUCCUGUAAGGAUGCAAUAGCAGUAGUAUGCCCUUUUGACAGAUUAUAUUCUAGUGAAAGAAAGGGUUUGUGUGGGUUUCUGCUACAAAUCCUCCUUAUUUUCAAAAUAUGGCUCUGGAUUUCUUUUUCUGCUCUACAUUUGGGGCUUUCUGCAUUUAGAGUUUAAAAACUUAAUAUUCAUAGACUUUGACUUUUUGCACAGUUCUAACUCAGUUGUGGGCCUCUUCUCAAUAUAAGAAUAUAGAAGUGAGACUGCACAUCUUCAUGUCUAAAAACAACCUCUGGUAGCACUGAAAAUGGUAGUUCUUUGCUGUGUUUCCUGCCUCACUUCAGGAAAUGUUUAAUUGGACUGAUGAAUGUCAUUUUUCUAGCCAUAACAUUGACUAUAACUGUGCAGACCUCUGCAUGGGGCUGAGGUUUUCUCUUCUGAAAGAUUACGUUGUGGUAGCUGUCAUGCAGCCUUCCAGAUGUUGCUGAACUGCAAAUCCCAGUAACCCUAGCUACAAUGGUGAGGAAUGCUGCAAAUUAGUGAAGGAUGCUGGGAAUUGCAUUUCAGUGACAUCUAGACAUAAGGCUUUUCACCCUGCUGUGUAACUAGCUGAGAGAAAGAUGUGAGUUACAAAACUUUUUUCUGAGUUGCAUAGUGCAGGUCUUCAUAAAAUGCAAAGUUAUUAAUUCAGCUUUAAUGUGAUCAAAAACUCUUUCAGCUGGGUUUUUAGACUGUUUGCUUACUGGCCUUACACUGAAAUCAAACUUGAGAUUCCAGGACCAUGUUUUGAUCCUGCUGAUUGCCUUCUUGAAGCUAAUUCAAUCCUAACUUGAUAAAGAUCAUAACUAAAGUGUUUUGUAUAGUCAAUAUUGUUGAUGCCUACACAUGGUGGAAGAUUGAAAUGCCACAUCAGAUAUCCCUGAUAGUUUCCAAGCUCCACUAUUGUGAUAAAUACCUGUAGUCAACAUGGGGAGGAAGAACUAUAUAAGAAUUAUUUGUACAAAUUGCCACACAAAAAUUGUCAAUUUAGCCUUGUAAUGCCUCAUAAUUACUCUAAAUUCUGAGUAAGUCUUGGUCACAUUGCCAAUGUCUCAAAGAUAGCUAUGCACAGUAAACUCCACUGUUGUCAUAAGAUCUGAAUUUGAAUGUAUUAUCAGGGUAAUGACUUAAAAGAAUGUAUAAAACACAUUUGAACUGUUGAAAACAAUAGAACAAGAGCUAAAAGAGAUGUAGCAGUGGCUCUGAAAAGUGCCACGUAUCAUAUGAACUUGGGUUUAUUUUUGUUAUAUGCAAGUGGCAUGGCUCUGGGAGGUACAAAUGGGAAGUUCACAAUCCCAAAAUAGACUGAAAGAAGAUCAUGAGCUGAAAUUCUUGAGGUUGUGCCUUUCACUCUGCUUGGUGCUAGGUUCUUUAUACCCUUUAUGGAUUCCACAGGCUCCAGUACUGUCUGCUGAUCCUGGGAAGUUGCCCAUCCCUGCAUUACAGCCUUGCUUUUCUGUUUUAUACUUGCCAAUCAUUAUCCUUAAGUAAUAUCAUCAAUAGAGGCUAUGGGGAAAAGUAAAUAACUAACUUGCAGCUGGAUUUCUAAAUAAAAUGGUAUUCCCAUGUUUCUUUGCAUAUUUCUAAUAAAUUCAGCUAUGCAUGAUUACUAUAA